AUCCUAAGUAGGUUCAUAUGUAGAGGAAAAAAAAGAAGAAUGAAAUGAUAAGGGUGACUUUUCUCCCCCACUUUUCCAAGGACCUAGAAAAUGGUUGUGAUAAACACACUCAAUGAAGAAUCAUUGAAUCCACACCAACACAGCACAUCUUACAUAUGUUCACAACCACCAACCGUCAUCCUUAACAAUAUCUCAUCUCAACUCACUUCCUUCACAUUUAUGAACCUCAAAUCCCACUUCACUUCACUCCACUUCACAUUUCCAUCCACUUCUCCUUCCUGGUCCACACCUCUCUGCAUGUUUUGCUCUGCGUGUCUCAUUUGAAGAGGAAAAACAAAAAAACCCCUCUUGAAAAAUCAGUUUCUUUCUUUCUUUCUACACAAAAAGUUCUGCAACACACAAGUAAAAGCUUCACAACUUUUCCACAAUCUUAGUGUCUAGACAGAGACAAUAGCUUCCUGCUUGCAUCUGUGUUGUUUCUUUAUUUACCCUUCUCUUUGUUGGCUAAUGAAUCCAGACAAGGCAUGCUCACAUUCUCUUGUUAUAGUCCACAACCUUUGAAUCACAUCUAGUGAAUUUUUUUUUCUUAAAAAGCACCACUAGUAUUUUUUGAAGCUUGUGUUUGGUCCUUGUUUUACUCUUUCUGGUGUGUACUUGUCUUGUGCUGUGUCCUUCUAUGCUAUCAUUUGCAGUAGAAAAUUGGUCCCCUUUGAGGUUUUCAUGUUUUAGUGAGAUUCAGAAUGCACAAAACUACAACAGCAUUGGUUCUUGUAGAGUGAAAAACAACCCAUCAUCAUUAUCAUCAUCCAUGAUAUUGGUUUUGAAGUUCUGAGAGGGGCAUUUGGUGGAGGUUUUGGUUUGGGGUUGUUGUUCUGCAUCAUUUCUAUGGGUUUGGGAGUGUUUGGAUCUGUUCUGGUUUUGACACUUUUAUUCAAGCACUUGGUGUCCCAACAACCAAACACUGAUGAGUUUUUUGUGUCUGAGUUCUUGAGGAAGAUGGGUGUAACAAACUCCUCUCAAGGCUACAACUUUUCUUCUUCUGUUUGUUCAUGGCAAGGGGUGUUCUGUGAUGCCAAUAAAGAGCAUGUUGUUGACUUGGUGCUUCCUGGUAUGGGCCUUUCAGGUCCUAUUCCUGAUAACACCAUAGGGAAGCUCAGCAGGCUUCAAAAUUUGGAUCUCAGCUGCAACAGAAUCACUGGUUUGCCUUCAGAUUUCUGGAGUUUAACCUCUCUCAAGAGGCUCAACCUCUCUUCCAAUCAGAUUUCUGGUGCAUUGACUAGCAACAUUGGGAACUUUGGUUUGCUACAAGACUUUGACUUGUCCAGCAACAAUUUCUCUGAGGAGAUUCCUGAAGCUUUGAGCUCUCUUGUGAGUCUUCAGGUCCUGAAACUUGACCACAACAGGUUUGAUCAAAGCAUACCUUCUGGGAUUCUCAAGUGCCAGUCUCUUGUUUCAAUUGAUCUUUCAUCAAAUCAGCUGAAUGGAACACUCCCUGAUGGUUUUGGUGUUGCAUUUCCUAAGCUUAGGGCCUUGAAUCUUGCUGGGAAUUAUAUCUAUGGAAGGGGUUCAGAUUUUUCUGGGUUGAAGUCCAUUGUGAGCCUCAACAUAUCAGGCAAUUCAUUUCAGGGUUCUCUCAUGGGGGUGUUGCUGGAAAAGGUUGAGGUCAUGGACCUUUGCAGAAACCAGUUUCAAGGUCACAUUCCUCAGGUACAGUUCAACUCUGAUUACAAUUGGUCUCAUUUAAUUUAUCUGGAUUUGUCAGAGAAUCAACUUAGUGGGGAGGUUUUCCAGAAUUUGAGUGAGUCCCUGAAUCUAAAGCACCUGAAUCUUGCACACAAUAGAUUUUCCAGUCAGAAAUUCCCACAGAUUGAAAUGCUUCCAGGACUGGAAUAUCUGAACCUGUCCAAUACUAGUCUUUUUGGUCACAUUCCUGAUGAAAUCUCACAACUCAGUAAUUUGAGUGCACUUGUUCUUUCUAUGAAUCAUCUUGAUGGGAAAAUUCCCUCACUGGGGAAUAAACACCUCCAAGUUCUUGACCUUUCACACAACAAUUUGAGUGGAACAGUCCCUCAAUCUGUGUUGAAUAAAAUCCUGUGGAUGGAGAAAUACAACUUCUCUUAUAACAACUUAACCCUCUGUGCUUCAGGAAUCAAACCCGAUAUCCUGCAAACAGCAUUCAUUGGCAUAGAGAACGAUUGCCCAAUCGCUGCGAACCCGACUCUUUUCAAAAGAAGAGCCACUGGACACAAGGGAAUGAAGCUGGCUCUGGUAUUGAGCUUGUCCAUGAUUUGCCUCCUUGCUGGACUUUUGCUCCUAGCAUUUGGUUGCAGAAGGAGAACAAAAAAGUGGGAAGUUAAACAAACUUCAUACAAAGAAGAACAGAACAUUUCAGGUCCUUUUUCCUUCCAAACUGAUUCAACAACUUGGGUGGCUGAUGUUAAGCAAGCAACAUCAGUCCCAGUAGUGAUAUUUGAGAAGCCAUUGUUGAAUAUCACAUUUGCAGACCUCUUAUCUGCAACUUCUAAUUUUGACCGCGGUACCCUAUUAGCUGAAGGAAAAUUUGGGCCAGUCUAUAGAGGCUUUCUGCCUGGAGGUAUUCAUGUAGCAGUUAAAGUGCUAGUUGUUGGGUCUACAUUGACAGAUGAAGAAGCUGCAAGAGAGCUUGAGUUUCUUGGUAGAAUCAAGCACCCAAAUCUUGUUCUUCUAACUGGAUAUUGCUUAGCUGGGGAUCAGAGAAUUGCCAUAUAUGAUUACAUGGAGAAUGGGAACUUGCAAAACCUGCUUUAUGACUUGCCACUUGGGGUUCUGCACAGCACAGAUGACUGGAGCACUGACACAUGGGAAGAACCUGACAAUAAUGGGAUUCAAAAUGCUGGCUCUGAAGGGUUACUCACAACCUGGAGUUUUCGGCACAAGAUUGCCCUCGGCACCGCGCGAGCAUUGGCAUUCUUGCAUCAUGGAUGUUCACCUCCAAUCAUUCACAGAGCUGUUAAAGCUAGCAGUGUUUACUUGGACUAUGACUUGGAGCCGAGGUUGUCUGAUUUUGGGCUGGCCAAGAUCUUUGGAAGUGGCUUAGAUGAAGAGAUUGCGCGCGGCUCGCCCGGUUAUGAUCCGCCGGAGUUUACUCAGCCAGACUUUGAUACCCCAACAACAAAAUCUGAUGUGUACUGUUUUGGAGUUGUUCUCUUUGAACUACUUACUGGAAAGAAGCCAGUUGAAGAUGAUUACCAUGAUGAUAAAGAAGAAACCUUGGUUAGUUGGGUCAGAGGGCUAGUGAGGAAGAACCAAACUUCAAGAGCUAUUGAUCCCAAAAUUCGCGAUACAGGACCGGAUGAACAAAUGGAAGAGGCCCUCAAGAUUGGUUAUCUGUGCACUGCUGAUCUCCCCUUCAAACGACCAACCAUGCAGCAAAUAGUUGGACUUCUGAAGGAUAUUGAACCUGCAACAACUAGUUAGCAUUUAGAAAGCAUGAAGGACAUCAUGAAAAGGAAUAGAGGUUGUUUAAUUUAAUUUAACUUUUUGAUUUUUCCCCCCACAUUACUUGAGAGCUUCUCAUGUAACCUUGGAGAAAAUGUAGAGCAGUUAAGUUCUUGAAUUCUGUUUUUAUUGUGGAUGUGUUCUUGUUUUCUUUCCUUCUGGUAGAUGAAGAAAGCUUUGAUGAAUAUACACCAGAACUUGCUCUUUGAAUUGACUUCAGCCACUCCUUUUUUAAUCUUACUGUAUAAAAAAGUAAAUGCCCUUUUUUAGU